GUAAUAAUUAAAUUAAUAAAAAAUAAUUUUUAUUUUAUUUUAUUUAUGUACUAUUUAAAUCACUGUUGUAUUUUUUGAAUGUUAAAGACUGUAGGAAAAUGUUUGGCUGGUUUUCUGUACGGAGGUUGCCUGUAUCAUGUGAGCUCUGAGUACUUUUUCUGCCUCAUUAAAUGUGAAGGGGAUUCAAUGUAUCCGACCAUUAAUGCUGAUCCAGCAGUUAAUGAUCAUGUAUUGGUCGAAAAAUUCUGGUCAAGUAGAAGACGGAAUUACAAAAAAAAUGACAUCAUUGUCCUCACAUGCCCUGAUGAGCCCGAGAAACUAAUUUGUAAAAGAAUCAUUUUUGUCGCUGGGGAGGACACACCCAAAACCUCGCCUUCGGUUCCUCGUUGCCAUGUGUGGGUGGAAGGUGACAAUAAAGAGUUUUCACACGAUUCACGUAUUUUUGGACCCGUCCCACUGGGUCUGGUGCAGGGUCGGGUAAUAUUAAGAGUCUGGCCCCCUCGGAACAUUGGCUGGAUCACAUGACAGAUGAACUUUCACUUAAAUUCAAUAUUAAUAAUGUACAAAUAAAAUCAGCAUAAUUAAUUAAUAAUAAGU